AUGAUGGAUAUUUACUAUUGUAUUCACACUUACUUCUCUGCAUUUUCCAGCUUCCAGGCGCAGGGCAUUGAGAGCUCAAAUAGAUAUGUUCACUCUUCUGCUAUUAUGGACGAUGAUUUCUCGGAAUUGGGUUCAGAAGUUUCAGAAUAUUGCGCUAAUCGAAUACAAUUAUUCACUGAGAAAAAGGACUGUGUUACUUUAAGAAUAUUGUCCCAAGUGUUGGUCUCGGUCGCUUCAUUUACAGUCGCAUCCGAUGGAAUCCGGAGUUGUAACAUAGAAUUUGAGGAUGAGGACUCCAGCAGGAAGGCUAUCUCAGCUGGUAAAAUUGGAGUGGGCAGUCGAGAAUUUCCAGUUCAUCUUCCUCUGGUUAUGGGUGAAUUCAUGGGAUUAGCAAGAGCAAGUGGUGGUGCAGUAGAUGCGUUCUUUAAUGUGCGGAAUGACUCUAUCCAGCGUUCAAUACUUCAAAUGCCGAACAGUACAAUAAUUGAUCUCAGCAGAUUUGGAGGCAUUAUAUGCCGGUAUAAUGUCCAUAGAAGAUUCGCCGCAGGCCGUUGA